AUGGCUGCCGAAGCGGGUUUGGGGGUCGGGAACUUCACAAACCAGAUCCAGAGCUUUUUAGCGAAAUACACAGCCAAAGCUAACCACUGGGGCCAAACUGAAAGAUUAGAGGAAUCGGACCAUGGCAUAGAUAUUGGGGAUGUGUCUGAAAGAAAACAGCUGAGGGAGAAACUUAAGUGCAAGUCCUUUAAGUGGUAUCUGGAGAAUGUCUAUACCAACCUGGAUAAGUUUGACCUCAUCGGCUAUGGAACACUGCAAAAUGUCAACACAAAUUUAUGUGUGGACCAAGGCCCUGUUCCAGGACACACGCCAAUCGUAUAUGGCAUAUGUCAUGGUUACAGCCCUCAGCUUUGUUACAUGCUGGUAAGCGGCGAGAUAUAUGUUGGGGACAUUCAUUUUCACAAGACCUCGGUCAACCGUUGCCUGGUCGACACGGGCACAGGAGAACUUCCAUGGCUCGUAGAAUGCAGCAAGUCACAGGAAACAGACGACAACAAAUACUGGGACAUCAAAGAUGACUCUGUCAUUCAGAACAGACAAACGAAAAGGUGCCUGGAAGUAAAGGACAGCAAGCUUGUCAUGCAAGAGUGCAGUGGACAGCGAUGGAAGAUUCAACACAUGAUCAAAGAGGAGUUGUAGGUUGUGAAUUUUGCAGUCAGGUCAAGGCUAUUGAUUUGUUUUUGUAUACAUGUAACUAACUGUUUAGAAUUUCUGUUACGAUUGUUGUGUUUAUUGUGCUUUUGUAAAUUGACUUCUGAAAAUA